AAAUCAACAAGGCUGAACUACAAGAUCUCUCAGACUUCUUGCAACUCUGUUAUCAGCUAAUUCUUAUCAUUGAAACCUGAUAGUUAUCUGGGUAGAUAAAAAGUGCUACCUGAGACAUUUUCAACAAAAAAGCGUUUCAGCUAUAAAGGGCAAUGAAUAGGCUGAAAAAUGUUUCUGGAGUUGAGUUUGUGAUAUCGGCCGCUGAAAAAUGGACAGAAAACAUGGGAAAUACAUAGUGAAUAUUGAACACUCUGGAAACCAGCCGGAGAGUAUUGGUGGCACCACUCGGCCAUUUCUGAGCACAAAAAACCAGGAAGCUCAUAGUUCAGCAUGUCGGUUUCCAGCAUCAACUAAUGUAGCUUGUGAUAUUGGUACCAAUGUAACUAAUGUCUGCACCAAUACAGGGACCCUUGGAGACCCGGAAUUUCCAAACAGACAAUUACAACAUUGUCAGGUGACACGAAAUUUCUUUAGUGACUGGUCUCUGUGGAAAAUCUUCCUGGUUUGUCUCUUAGCCUGUGUGAUAACAACAGCAAUCGGAGUACUCAUAGUGUCUUUGGUGUAUAAUGGGAAAAACAAUAGUGCCUCCAUUGUUAUCCACUUUCCCUCAAACCAUGAGACAACCUCAUCUGCAACUGAAACUAGUUCUGAGACCACCUACUACACCUGCCAGCACCACCACUGCGGCUAUCACUACAACAGCCACCACAACGGCUUCUACUGUACCAACAGCCACCACAACAGCUACCAUUUCAACUGA